UCCGGUCUAGCUUGAAACGGGUGAAUGAGGUGUAGGCACCGAGCGAGGCAGGCAGCUCGCGACAGAAAAACAAACGAGGUUAGGUCGAGCAGUAGAGUCAGCCCAUGUUUUAAAAGAAACACAAAGACACAGUUAAACCUAAGGAUAGGUGGAUUUAAACGGUAUUUGUGUCGGUUAUACGCGGGCUCAGCUACUUAUUGUUCGGUUCUGGUUUGGCGGAGUGUGUCACCGUUUUGCCCGUUCUCACUGGAGUGAGCACUAAGGAGGACUCCAUGAAAGAUGACAGAGGAGGUGAUUGUUGUAGCCAAGUGGGACUACACGGCCCAGCAGGACCAGGAACUUGACAUCCGUAAAAACGAGCGUCUUUUCCUCCUGGACGACUCAAAAACCUGGUGGCGUGUCCGCAACGCCGGCAACCAAACUGGCUAUGUGCCAUCGAACUACGUUGAGCGCAAGAACAGCCUGAAGAAAGGCUCACUGGUGAAGAACAUCAAAGACACACUGGGUUUGGGAAAAACUAAGAGGAAGACUAGUGCUCGUGAUGCAUCCCCAACGCCAAGCUCAGACACAGAGUACCCCUCCAAUGGCAGCGGGGGCGGAGGUGGAGCUGCUGAAAGGAUCUACGACCUCAACAUUCCCGCUGUGGUCAAGUUUACCUACACAGCAGAGAGAGAUGAUGAGCUGACCCUGGGCAAGGGCUCCAGAGUCAUCGUGAUGGAAAAGUGUAGUGACGGCUGGUGGCGGGGCAGUCAGUCAGGCCGCGUGGGCUGGUUUCCCUCCAAUUAUGUCCUGGAGGAGCUUGGUGGGGCCGAUGACAGAGAGGAAGGAUAUUCCUCACAGGGCUACCAUGUAGGCUCUCAGGGGACUUUGUUGGCCAAUGGGCAAGCAGGUGGCCUUGGUGCAGUGCUCCACUUGGUUCAAACACUCUACCCCUUUAGCUCUGUGACAGAGGAAGAGCUGAACUUUGAGAAGGGAGAGGUCAUGGAAGUGGUGGAGAAGCCUGAGAACGACCCUGAGUGGUGGAGGUGUAAGAACUCACAUGGCAUGGUGGGCCUGGUGCCUAAAAACUAUGUGGUGGUGCUGGAUGAGCGGCCCGGCCUGCCCUCCCCUUCCUCGAGCUCCCCACAAAACCGCUUGGUGGCACCGGCACGCUCAGGGAAGUUCGCCGGGAGGGACUGGUACUACGGCAAAAUCACCAGACACCAGGCCGAGUGUAUACUCAACGAGAGAGGAGAGGAGGGCGACUUUCUUGUACGAGACAGCGAGUCAUCACCCAGUGAUUUCUCUGUGUCUCUGAAGGCGGCUGGUAAGAAUAAGCACUUUAAAGUGCAACAGUCAGAGGGAGUGUACUGCAUCGGCCAGCGCAAGUUCAACUCCAUUGAUGAACUAGUGGAGCACUACAAGAAAGCCCCCAUCUUCACCAGCGAACAUGGAGAGAAGCUGUACCUGGUUAAAGCUCUGCUGUGAUUCACGCAUCCUCACACCUACACUGGAUCUCACACAUAAACACACACUCUUCAUACACACUAUACACACAUAAUACUAAUACCACCCCCUAACUGUCUUAACUUGAGCCUUAGCUCUGGACCCUCCUUGCUGUGGCGUCUGUACUAUAUCCAGUUGUUUCUGUCGCCCUCCAGUGUUAAUCAGGUGAAACGCUUUCUAGCUCCACAACCAAGCAGUCAAUCACAAGAGGACGAGCACUGUCAAAUACCAAGCUACAUCCUUCAUGUACAACACAGCGCAUAAUAAGCCUCUGUCUCUUGGAUGUGCUAACAUGUGCAGUAACAAAAUCUGAUGCAAACAGAAUGCCUGAAACCUUGUUGGAGGUUGAGCUCUCCUUCUGAUGUCAUACAUAAUGUCCAUUUACUACUGCACAGUCUAGGUUACACCAUUGCUCUUAAUCCACAUAGGAAGGCAGACAUUCAACAGUUCAAAGAGGACUCAAGCCUCGGAGGGACCUUACCUGUCAAAUUGCUUGCCAUGGGUGUAUUUUGUUCAUUUAUUAGAAAAACAAUGAUUUUUGAUUUUUUUUUUUUUAAAGUUCUCAUGACAUGGUGCUCUUUGGAUGCUUUUAUAUAGACCUUAGUAGUCCCCUAAUACCAUAUCUGAAGUCUCUGAAGAGGGAACUCAUAUUAAUGUUAAAAAAAACUCAUAAAGUGAAAUUUUCAUGCCAUGGGACCUUUAAGAUAAUUUAAAUUCCUCUCUGGAGUUUUGAACCAUUGCUCUUUCAUACAAUGACUUCACAAAGUGACCAGAAUCACUCUGCCUUUUUCUCCUAAUUUUCAUCGUUCCUCUACAUGAUUUCUCUCCCCAUUGAACUUGUCUUCUUGCGCUAUUUCAAACUGUUUCUGUCUCCACAGACCCAGUCAUUAGUAGUGAUGUCAUUGAAAAUCUGGAUACACUACUUACUGUAAUAUUUCUGAAAGGCAGUAGGGCAAGCAUUAAUGCAAUAGGGGGACCUGAUUUCCUGUAGAGUUUGAAUGUGUUUCAAUGUAACCAAAUGUGCCACCCUGUACUCAUACUACUGGCUCCAGGUAUGUACUGUACUCACCAUACUUGUCAUCCAUUCAUAGCUCUAUGUUCAUGCUUUAAAUUGUGUAAAAUUUAACAUGUUUCUAUUCAGUUCUCCAGUAUGUCUGUAGCUACAUGUUUGCAUACUGACCAUAGAAAUGGAAUGAGAGCAGAAUGGGACCGUUUGCCUUAGUCAUCUGACUGUGCAUGACUACAGAAAUAGUCAACCGUUCGGUACACAUAAAAUGGCCGCCGCUCUGACCAGUCUCUAUGUUUAUUUAAACGGGAAUGUUCAUUCUACUCUCAUUCCACUUCUAUGAUAAUAAAUAAUAAUAAUAAUAAUAAUAAUAAUAAUAAUUUAAAAAAUAAACUUUUGCUAACACGUUUGCAUAACUACACUUGAUUUGCUCUAGCGAAUGAUCGCAGUUGUACACGAGUACUUCUUCUGGUGUUGUUUGUCAAAGAUGAGUAUGUCUUUGUUAAUCUUGUGAUUACAGAGAACUGUAAGAAAAUAUACAAAAAACUACUCACUUUAGUGAUUGACUUUGACUUCCACGCCCUUAACUCUACACUCAUCACAUCACACAUUGUCGAGAAGUAAUUUCGGAAAUAGCUAGUAAUUGAUGAAAUCAGUAAACAAUGACCGUUUGCUAAACAGCGAUUGUCCAGUCACAGCCAACGAGACAUUUAAAAUAAAGAGUUCAGAGGGAACUGUUCGGAUGUAAUCAUUAGUAUGCCCCGCUAACCAGCUGUAACCCAGCCUCACUUCCAAGGCCAAAGAGCACAUAAUUGAUUAGCUAGGUAGCUACAGCUAAUAUAAUCUGCGAGUGACAGUUGUCAUUUAAGGGGCUGUACUCAGUAUUCAGAAUAUUAAUAUAACAGUGAACACAGGCGUAAUGUCCUGGGAAGAGAAUGACGUCACUGUUUGACCAGUUGGGAAACAGUUUGUUCGAGUGUGGAGGGUGGAGGGAAUCCAGACUUUUUUUUUCUGUAUAUCAAGUACAGCUCCUUUUUUUAAAAUGACAAAAUCAACCGUUGCUGACUAGAAAAGAUUGAUUGCUUUUGUCUGCCUCUGGCUGAAACAAGGACCUGCUAUUUUCAAAAAUUAGUACUCAGUUUGGAGCGGUCAAACUGUUACUGAUAUUAUUUUAAAGCUGCAUGUGCUGCGCAAGACUGGUCCUUUGGACAAGUAUAGCAACAGUAACUAAGAGGGCAGGGCGUAACAAACUCAAUUUAUAAUAAAAGUAAUAUUCUACUGUCAGGAAUCCAAAUAUAUUGUCAUCUGGUCUAUAAUGGAAAAAAAACAUUCUAGUUCUACCAAACAUUUUCCUGGUCUAGUUUCUUUUUUAUUGUGCAUUUGUUUACCAAUGGAAGUGUUGUUGAUCCUGGGGUCCUCAGCUUUUAUACGAUAUAUCUGAAUGUUAUUGAACAUUGUUAUUUAAUUCUUGUCUUCACUGUAUGUAUAUAAUCAAAAAUGAGAUGAGGUGCAUAUAUGAAUCGCUAAGAUCAAACUAUGGUACUGUAUCACAGAUAACGUGAUGAGAAUUGAAAUACUUUUGUUCAAUAAAAAUCUUUUGAAGAAUACUA